GCGCGUGGAAAGCUUUGUCUUCUCCUCUUUAAUGUCGUUGACACCCACUUCCUCGAACACAUUGUAUCUUCCAUCGAUCACGAGCAGACACACUCUGUUCAACAACAUCUGAUCUAGGAAGAACUAGCAAUGGAAUCAGAAUUGGUACUUCACGAAGGAGGAUGCCACUGCGGGAAAAUCAAAUGGAGAGUGAAAGCAUCAAGAAGAGUGGUGGCAUGGAGCUGCAACUGCACCGACUGUUCGAUGAGAGGCAACGUUCAUUUCAUUGUCCCUUCAAGCGACUUUGAGCUUCUCGAUGAUUCCAAAGAUUUCAUCACCACUUACACUUUUGGGACUCACACGGCCAAGCACACCUUCUGCAAGGUCUGUGGGAUCACUUCGUUUUAUACCCCCAGGUCUAACCCCGAUGGAGUUUCAGUCACGGUUAAGUGUGUCAAGGCGGGGACACUGGACCACGUCGAGAUUAGAACCUAUGAUGGUCUGAACUGGGAAAAAUCGCACAAAGAGACCGGCAUUGCCUCCUUCUCCAACGAGUCAUGAUGAAGUCAAUUCAAGAUUGGAAUGACUUGUGAUCAGGAAGAAAGAAGCUUAAAGCAUGAGGAUUGAGGAUUGAGGAUUGAGGGGGGAAACAAAUUGGAAAAUCUAAGUUUUUUUUUUUUUUUUUUUUUUUGCUUAAAUACUUCCAAUAAUAAAGCUCUGGAUUUUCAGUUUUAGAGUGUUGUUCAAAUCUAUAAAGAUACCUAUGUUCAUCAUAUCCAUGUGACUUGUUUGUGGUUUGUUUAUGUUGCUGGUCUGAGAAACUAGAGCAUACAAUUA